AAACCCUGAGAGAGGACUGAUCCUGAAGCACUCACAGACUGCAAAGCGUAAAACCUCAUCCUCCUUCUCUCUCUCUCUGCAGCACAGCACCGGGGCUCCAGAGGGGACACAGCCGGGAAACAUAGGCACAAGUCCCGCUGCAAGAGAAGAUCACUCCACGGAUCGCUAUAUUCUGCAGCUUCAUUUAUCCAUCAUGCAGUUUCAGUUAUUCGCCGUAGACUUUAUACUUCUGUGCAUGUCAUAUGGUGCCAGUGCAUUGUCCAGCACCAUCCCCGCAGCCUCAGGGUCUCUGCCGGGGAAUAACUUCACCUCCGCGGCUCAAAGCUCCGGGACAGACUCCUCCAGCCUCUCCAGGAGCAGGAGGAAGCGCUUUAUCAGCCAGAAUGACAUGCUCGCUAUUCUUGACUACCACAACAAAGUGAGAGGGAAGGUGUUUCCCCCCGCAGCCAACAUGGAGUACAUGGUGUGGGACGACACCCUGGCGAAGACCUCUGAGGACUGGGCCCACGCCUGCCUGUGGGAGCACGGCCCGUCCAACCUCCUCCGGUUCCUGGGUCAGAACCUCUCAGUGAGGACAGGACGCUAUCGAUCCAUCCUCCAGCUGGUGAAGCCGUGGUACGACGAGGUCAAAGAUUACUCCUUCCCGUACCCCCGCGACUGCAAUCCCCGCUGCCCCCUCAGAUGUUAUGGACCCAUGUGUACUCACUACACACAGAUGGUGUGGGCAACGUCCAACAAAGUGGGCUGUGCCGUCCACACGUGCCACAACAUGAACGUCUGGGGCUCGGUGUGGAAACGGGCGACAUAUUUAGUUUGCAACUAUUCACCAAAGGGGAAUUGGAUCGGAGAGGCUCCCUACAAAGUGGGCGUCCCGUGCUCCGCCUGCCCCCCCAGCUACGGGGGCUCCUGCAGCAACAACAUGUGUUUCCCCGCUCUCAAGACAAACUACCUGCACUGGUUUAAAUAAACAGGACAUGAGCGGAC